CUAGUUGUUCCAAAGGAUACCGAUUAUGUACGAAGUGCAAUUGAUCUUUGGCUACGUUCAAUGAAACAAUUCGUUCUACAUCAAAUUGGUCUGAUGAAUUUACCUCCCGGUUGGGAGAAUGAUCCAGAGCUUUCAGCACGUCUCUAUGCCGCUACGGAGAGGCUAAGACCAGUUGGUGAGUGGUCUAUGUCCAGCAGCUGGGGCAGACGCUUAUCAGGAGUCCAAGCCAGACAUAUGAUUUGGCCUGGUGGUGCAAAUGUGCCUCCCAAAGGAAAACCAGAUCGUAUACGAUUACGGGUGGCCACUAUUAAAGAAAUACCUUUUGUUAUUUUUAGCCGAACGCAGAUAAGAGAAAUAAAUGAGUCGUGA